AUGCUUCUCGUCUCUCUGUGUAACAGGUCCCUUGCUCUUGGACAGCAGUACUCGUCUCUGGGCUCACAACCCAUCCUGUGCGGCUCCAUCCCCGGCCUGGUGCCCAAGCAAUUGCGCUUUUGUCGCAACUACAUUGAGAUCAUGCCCAGUGUCGCUGAAGGUGUCAAACUGGGGAUCCAGGAGUGCCAGCACCAGUUCAGAGGUCGCAGGUGGAACUGCACAACCAUUAAGGACAACUUGGCCAUCUUCGGCCCAGUUCUAGAUAAAGCCACCAGGGAAUCUGCGUUUGUCCACGCCAUAGCUUCAGCCGGCGUUGCUUUUGCUGUGACGAGGUCUUGUGCCGAGGGUACGUCCACCAUGUGCGGCUGUGACUCUCAUCACAAAGGACCUCCAGGCGAUGGAUGGAAAUGGGGCGGCUGCAGUGAAGAUGCUGAGUUUGGGGUUCUGGUGUCCAGAGAGUUCGCGGAUGCACGGGAGAACCGGCCGGAUGCUCGCUCAGCGAUGAACAGGCACAACAAUGAAGCCGGGCGAUCGACCAUCCUGGACCACAUGCACCUGCGCUGUAAGUGCCACGGUCUGUCCGGGAGCUGUGAGGUGAAGACCUGCUGGUGGGCUCAGCCGGACUUCCGCAGUCUGGGGGACUACCUGAAGGACAAGUACGACAGUGCCUCGGAGAUGAUCGUGGAGAAGCACCGUGAGUCCCGGGGAUGGGUAGAGACGCUGCGGGUCAAAUACCCCUUCUUCAAGCACCCCACAGAGCGAGACCUCGUCUACUACGAGGGCUCCCCCAACUUCUGCGAACCCAACUCAGAGACGGGAUCGUUCGGGACCAGGGACCGGGCCUGUAAUGUGUCCUCACACGGGAUAGAGGGCUGUGACCUGCUGUGCUGCGGCCGCGGACACAACACCAGGACUGAGAAGCGCAAAGAGAAGUGUCACUGCAUCUUCCACUGGUGCUGCUACGUCAGCUGCCAGGAGUGCGUGCGUGUGUAUGACGUGCACACGUGUAAGUGA